AUGUGGGGUAUUUUCUUUGAUAAUGAAGAAGAUUGUGUAUCCAUCCUGGAAAAUAGGCCAUGGCUUAUAAAUGGGAAGCUUCUCAUUAUUCAAGAAUGGCCGGAGUCGGGUGAUUGGAGUCAUGUGGAUAUGACGAAGGCCAUUUUUUGGGUUAAAGCUACAGGAUUGCCAAUGGCAUACCUGAAUGCUUCAAACCUCACUAUGAUUGCGGCGAAAACGGGCGAAUACAAAGACUGUGAUGUAGUGAAUCAACGGGCCUUGACACGUAGGGGAUUUUUGAAGUUCCAGGUGGAGUUAUCAACAAAACAUCAAUUGACUCCUGGUUUUUUUCUGGAUAUAUCGAGGGGGAGAAAAGAAUGGAUAAAAUUCCAAUAUUUUUGUCUUUCCAAGUUUUGCUAUAAAUGUGGUCAUAUCGGCCACGAUAAGAGUUCUUGCUUGAGGGAAACAAUUUUUGCUUUUCCACUUGAAGGAGAAGCAGUAAUGGCUUAUGGUCCAUGGAUACGAGCAGAAUCAACAGUCAUCAGCUGCUUCAAUACUGGGGGCAUCUGUUAUAGUGAGAUUUCUCUCACUUAG